UAAUAUAUUGGUUCAUCAAAAUGCCAUUAAAUUGGCUGACUUUGGAUUAUCAAAAAGGAUUGAAGAUGCAACAAAUCAUCAUUCAAAAUUACAUGGAAUAAUUCCUUAUAUUGAUCCUAAAAGAUUUAAUAACUUAGAUUCAAUACAAGUAUAUAAAUUAGAUAAAAAAUGUGAUAUAUAUAGCGUUGGUGUUCUUUUAUGGGAAAUAUCAAGUGGUAAACCACCUUUUUAUACCGAACGUGAAACAAAUUGUUGUUUAGCUAUGAAUAUCUUACAAGGUCUUAGAGAAACUCCUAUUUUGGAACCAGAUAUUCCUUCCGAUUAUAUUAAACUUUAUAUUGCGUGUUGGGAUGGAGAACCUAAUAAACGUCCAACUAUAAAACAAGUUACUUCACAACUUAAAGCAAUGUUAUCCCAAAUAGACGAAAAAGAUAAUUCAAUAGUAAAUUUAAAUGAAGAUGAUAAUAAUUAUCCAGUAAAAAAUUUAACCCGAUUAUCACAAUUACUUAAUUCAGAUGACAGGAAUGAGGUCUCGGA